AAAGCGUGGGUUUGGAGGGUUUCAUAAUCCUGAGUGAAACUGACAAACCUGUUCUGGAGAGAGCCAAUGGCAGAGUGUGGAUGGGAGCUGCUGUAAUGCUCGUCCAAUCGGCUCUCACCGCGGUCUCCCUUCAUACAGAAACUCGAAUGAAUGGAGGAAGCUCUCGGUUUGAUUGACGUGCAAAUGCACCAACGCGCGUGGCGCGGCGGCCCGGACGCAGCCAGUGGGAGCAGAUGUGGGCGGUGCGCAGUGAAUUAGGCUAGACAAGUGUUGGGGGAGUGUGUGUGAUACAACUUCCUUAUAAAGGGACUCUCUCUCUCUCUCUAUCUCACGUUGUGGCAGAGAAAUUAGAGCACAUUGCCUAAAAUUCGGGUGUUCACACACACACAUACACACCGAAGUCAACGGGAGCUGCUGCUGAAAUGGAGUGGACGAAAAUUGAGGAGACGUUGCGCAGGGCCGAGACGCCUCUCUUCUGGGUCGGUGCUUUGGCCGUGGCCUCUCUGGUGCUGUGGCUGCUCUACAGGCUGUUCUCAGGCUUCAGGAUCUGGGUCUUGGGGAAUGGGAAGCUGCUGUCUCCGACGCUGGGCAAAUGGGCAGUUGUGACGGGAGCCACGGAUGGAAUCGGAAAAUCCUAUGCAGAGGAGCUGGCGCGUCGUGGAUUUGCCGUGAUGCUGAUCAGUCGUUCCCAGGACAAGCUGGAUGACGUGGCCAAAUCCCUGGAAGAGCAGUUCAAUGUAGAAACCAGAACCAUUGCAGUGGACUUUGGUAAAACAGACAUCUACUCCAAAAUUGAGUCGGGGUUGGCCGGUCUGGAGAUUGGUGUUCUCGUCAACAACGUUGGUGUGUCUUACUCCUACCCUGAGUACUACCUUCACAUCCCUGAUCUGGACAAGUUCAUCACCAACAUGAUCAACGUCAACAUGACCUCAGUGUGCCAGAUGACCCGCCUGGUGCUGCCCAGGAUGGCUGAGAGAUCCAAAGGAGUCAUCCUUAACAUCUCCUCUGCUAGUGGCAUGUACCCUGUCCCUCUGCUCACAGUCUACUCUGCCACGAAGGCCUUUGUGGAUUUCUUCUCUCGUGGUCUGCAGGAGGAGUAUAGACGUCAGGGAAUUAUCAUCCAGAGUGUGCUGCCUUUCUUCGUUGCAACAAAGAUGACUCGUAUCAGGAAGCCCACCUUUGACAAGCCCACCCCUGAGCGCUAUGUGGCAGCUGAACUCGCCACCGUGGGUCUUCAGAGCCAGACCAACGGUUACUUUCCUCACGCUGUCAUGGGUUGGGUGACUACAAAGCUGGUGCCAAGCAGUAUUGUUAUCUUCCUGGGAGCCAGAAUGAACCGUCUGCAGCGUACAGGAUACCUGCAGCGGAGGAAGCUGAGAGAACAGAGGAAUGGAGCAAGUUUGAAGAUGGACUAGAAGAACAGCUGACGAUUCUGCAGGCAACCACAUUGUUUUGACCUAGUGCCAUGUUCAGGGGAGAUCAAUGGUGUUUCGUAUUUGUGUGACUAUAACCGUCAGGGUUAGUGAAGAUUUCCCCCCCAUGGCUGUUUUGUAGAUUAACACAUGGGAGGUUUCGUAUGACAUUUGAGUUAACAACAACAGUGUGCCUUGUUAGGAUUUAACCAAAGAGAGAGAAGGUUAAGGUCAGAAAAGGUUGAAUGGUAAUAAAAUGCUGCUCUUGGCAAUGGUCAUUAGUAUUUUUUUUUUUUGUUUUUUUUUUUGUUUGUUUUGUUUUUUUGUCACCGAUACUAAUGGUGGAAUUAUACAGCCAAAAUAAGUAAUGUGUAAAAUCUGCUGUUGUAAGCAGUGACAAUGGUGGUGGGCAUUUUUUUUUAUUAUUUGUAAAAUUAUUUAUUUUAUAUUUGUAUGAACACAUGAGCCAAAUCCAAUACUUUCCACAAGACAAGCUUUGACCCUAGUCAGAUUUAAAAAGGUAUGACAUUUUAAAAAAUAAUGGCAUUUUGUGUUUUCUACUCUGUCAACCACACAAAACUGGCUCUCUAGUAUAUAUCAAGUUUAUCGUGUAUUUAAUAUUUUGAGAGGGGUUGUUGUUGCACUAAUGUAUUACUUGUUCUGAACCAAAUGUUCUUGUUACUCACUCAUAUUUGCAUUAAACGUGUGCCUUUUACUGCCUAUCUACGCUAAUACUGGAAGCUGUGUAAAUCACUGAGCAGGUGUGUACCAGUAAAUGUUAGGAUAUACUGCAGGAUGAAAAGAAUGCAAUUCAACUGGUGCUUUUCCUUUUUCAAACUGCACAAUUUGAGUUUCUUAAUAUUUAUCAGAGAAGCUUUUUUGAAAGGCUUUCACAGGCAAUAUAUUUCUCUGUAUGCAGAAAAGGUAUUGUUGGAAAUAAACAUGAAUGUAUGAUCAAUAAAGGUAACAUAUUUAAGUUAUGUCAAUGUACCUAAUUACUGUAGGAAUAUGAGAAGGAAACCUUAUUACUAUUGAGUUGCAAAUGACUUUGACUGAUUGGUGCCUUAACAGAAAAAUAUUUUUCACCUGUAAAAUCUUAAUAUGCUUUAAUUUUCUACUUCUAGCUUAAUUUGGCUUACACUACUGAUACCCACAUAUGUUUUGUACUGUUUAUUAAUAAAAUGCUUUCGUAUUGCA